UCUCACUCUCCGACAGUCCAUACAAUUCAAUGCAUUUCUCGAGCGAUUGUCUCAAAACACUGUUUCAGACCAGAGUUUGCGCUUAACUUCGCGAAACAUAUGAUCACUAAUCCAUCCAAACAUCCCAACCAUCACCCACUGAAUCCGCUCAUCAACUGAUCGCUAAUUAUCACCAAAAACACGGCUAUUUGUUUGCGUUUGACAUCCACUUUGAAUCCCUAUCCGUGUUAUCACAAGAAUUUGUUUAUCAGUGAUAAUGAGCUCUGGAGACACCGUUGGAAAGCCCAUCGAGUGCUUGGCUGCCAUCGCAUGGGAGGCAAAGAAACCGCUGUCUAUUGAGACGAUAACAGUAGCGCCGCCACAGAAAGGCGAGGUUAGGAUCAAGGUAUUGGCCACAGGGGUCUGUCAUACCGAUGCUUAUACGUUGGACGGUCACGACCCCGAAGGGCUGUUCCCGUGUGUGUUGGGCCACGAGGGCGGCGGUAUUGUCGAGAGUGUUGGCGAAGGUGUCACUUCUGUCAAACCGGGAGACCAUGUGAUUCCGCUGUACAUCCCUGAGUGCGGCGAUUGUAAGUUCUGUCUGAGCCCUAAGACCAACGUUUGCAGCAAAAUCCGAGUCACUCAGGGAAGGGGUGUUAUGCCCGACGGGACUUCUCGUUUUACGUGUAAGGGUCAGACACUGUACCACUUUAUGGGCACCUCUACGUUCAGCCAGUACACGGUUGUCGCCGAGAUAUCUGUGGCCAAAGUCGACGAGAAGGCGCCGUUGGAUAAAGUCUGUCUCUUGGGUUGUGGUAUUUCUACGGGUGUCGGCGCCGCUCUCAACACGGCUAACGUGGAGGCGGGCAGUAAUUGCGCCAUUUGGGGAUUGGGAACAGUAGGUCUGGCUGUGGCUCACGGAUGUGCGCUGAGAGGCGCCAAACGGAUCAUCGGAAUCGAUAUAAAUGCCGACAAAUUCGAGACGGCGAAGAAGUUCGGGUGCAAUGAGUUCGUGAAUCCCAAAGACCACAACCGGCCCAUUCAGGAGGUGCUCAUUGAGAUGACGGACGGAGGACUGGAUUACACGUUUGAGUGCAUCGGAAAUGUGCAGACAAUGAGAGCUGCGUUGGAGUCGUGCCACAAAGGGUGGGGCACUUCCGUCAUCAUCGGCGUCGCCGCCAGUGGUCAGGAGAUUAGCACUCGACCGUUUCAAUUGGUGACCGGAAGGACGUGGAAAGGGACGGCGUUUGGGGGCUGGAAGAGUAGACAAAGUGUGCCAAAACUAGUGGAGCAGUACAUGGAUAAGAAGCUGAUGGUCGACGAGUUUGUCACUCACACCAGAAAACUGGAUCAAAUCAACGAAGCCUUCGAACUCAUGCAUUCCGGACAGUCGUUGAGGACUAUUGUCUUCUUUGAAUAAAUGGAUAUAAAAUUUGAUGAAAUCUUUUUUGACAAUAGAUUUUAUACUUUAUAAUAGGUCUACAAUUACUGUACUAAUAUUUUUGGCGAUUAAUGGGGUUUUUAUUGAAUUUACAUUAAGUUUUGACUAUAAAUUCUAAAUUAAGCUUGUACAUCCAAAUUAUGUAUUUCUGGAAUUAAACGCUUUAUAUUUUAAA